AACAGAAAGCCUUCAUUUCCUGUAUUUAAGCGCGGCAACAAAGAGCCUCACUUAGCAUCCGAGCCUCCUCCUCUGCUCCUGUUCUCCUCGCGCCUCCGUCUCCACCGUCGUCCCGAGAAGAUGCCGGAGGAAAGCACCGCCGCGUCCAGCUCCGCGAGCGCGGACGAGAAGCCAUGUUCUUCAUCUUCAUCCGCUGCAGCUGCAGACAGCUCUGUCGACGUCAUGGACGAGGCCAAGAAGCUGAUCGGCACUGGGAACAGACAUCUGGUGAUGGGAGAUGUGGUUUCUGCGGUCAGUGUUUUCCAGGACGCCUGCAGCAUGCUAGCUGCAAAGUACGGAGACACUGCAGAUGAGUGUGGCGAGGCCUUCUUCCUUUGUGGGAAGUCCCUGCUGGAGCUCGCCAGGAUGGAGAACAGUGUCCUUGGCAAUGCCCUGGAGGGAGUCCCAGAAGAGUCGGAGGAAGAGGAGCAGCCCAACAACUCAAACAUUGAGAGCGCCAACAAUCUUGAUGAUGAUGAUGACGACGAAGAUGAUGACGACGAUGAUGAUGAGGAUGGAGAGAAAAAUGGACAAAAUAAAGAAGAGGAGGAAGUUGGGAAUUUGCAGUUGGCCUGGGAGAUGCUGGAAGUGGCCAAAUUCAUCUAUAAAAGGAAGGAGAGCAAAGAUGAACAGCUGAUGGCAGCACAGACGUACCUGAAACUCGGAGAAGUCAGCGCUGAAUCAGGCAACUACCCUCAGGCACUAGAAGACUUCCAGGAGUGUCUAACCCUGCAGCUGAAGCACUUACCCUCCCACAGCCGCCUGCUGGCUGAGACCCACUACCACGUCGCCACCACACUGUGCUACAUGGACCAGUACAGCCAGGCCAUCCAGCACUACAACAGCUCCAUUAAAGUCAUUGAGGCUCGUCUGGCCAUGUUGCAGAAGGUGAUCGACAAAGCGAAGGGAGCCGAGGCGGCAGCGGAAGAGAAGACCGAGAUGGAGGAGCUGAAGCAGCUUCUGCCCGACAUCAAGGAGAAGGUGGAGGAUGCCAAGGAGAGCCAAAAAACAGUUAGCACUGCCUCCCAGGCCAUCCAGCAGACACUAGGCGGUGCCUCAACCUCUUCAGCAUUCUGUGAAAACGGUGGCCCUUCAUCCUCCACAGCAUUUCCCACAGCCAGCAAGAUUCCAGUGAAAUCAGCUGACGGCGCCUCAUCCUCAAAAGUCUCAGACAUCUCCCACCUCGUUAGGAAGAAGAGGAAACCAGAGGAGGAGAGCCCAGUAAAGGACACUGACGCUAAGCAAGCGAAACAGGAAGCCACAGUUAAUGGCAGCGCCGACUCUAGUGCCAGCAACGGCAAAGGAGUCAAGGAGGGAAAAUCACAGGAGCCUGCCAACAAGUCGGCCUCUGUCCAGUCUUCAGCGUGACGGUCCGAGUCUCUGUCCUGAUCCUGAGAACCAGCACAGCAUGCCUGUCCUGCCCCCCCACCCCCCACCUUCAGCAAUUUUGUUUCUGUAAAUAAGAUCAUUUUCAUAGAUUUGUCUGUCCAGUUUUGUAUACUUGUAGUAAAAAAAUGAAAUAAAGAAUUUGCAGAUGUAA